AAGCUGACUAUGUCAAUAAAAGAGAGGCUGAUUCGAAACUAGAAAUCUAUAUAAUUAGUUAAUCUAGUAGGAGCAGCCGGCUUAGGACGGCAGUGCCACAAUUGACAAGGACACACAUUUUCCAUCUAAAAUUCUUUAAAGAACAUCUUCAUCGUUGGAUUCGCCAAACAAAAAAUUCGGAAACUCAAGUCUGAGAAGCCAUGGGAUCAUCCGUCAGUUGCUGCGGCCAUGAUAAAGUUGAAGAAGGGUUGACGUUGGGCGGAGGCGAGAACAGCAAUCAAUGGAGAAUUUUCACGUACAAGGAGCUGCAUGCGGCGACCAACGGCUUCAGCGAGGACUACAAGCUGGGCGAAGGAGGGUUCGGGAGUGUUUAUUGGGGCAGGACAUCGGAUGGGCUUCAGAUUGCAGUGAAGAAGUUGAAGUCGAUGAAUUCCAAGGCGGAGAUGGAGUUCGCGGUGGAGGUGGAGGUGCUGGGAAGAGUGAGGCACAAGAAUCUGCUGGGGCUGAGAGGGUACUGCGCGGGCAACGAGCAGCGCCUGAUCGUGUACGACUACAUGCCUAAUCUGAGCUUGCUUUCGCAUUUACACGGGCAGUUCGCGGGCGAGGUUGAGCUAGACUGGAACAAGAGGAUGAAAGUGGCAAUGGGGUCCGCCCAGGGCAUACUGUACCUGCACCACGAGGUGACGCCGCACAUCAUUCACAGAGACAUAAAGGCCAGCAACGUGCUGCUCGACUCCAACUUCGACCCCCUCGUCGCCGACUUCGGCUUCGCCAAGCUCAUACCGGAGGGCGUCAGCCACAUGACCACGCGCGUCAAGGGCACGCUCGGCUACCUGGCGCCCGAGUACGCCAUGUGGGGGAAAGUCUCCGAGAGCUGCGACGUCUACAGCUUCGGCAUCCUCCUGCUAGAGAUCGUCACCGGGAGGAAGCCCAUCGAGAAGCUUCCGGGCGGCAUCAAGCGAACCAUCACCGAGUGGGCCGAGCCCCACAUUACCCGAGGCCGCUACAAGGAUCUCGCCGACCCCAAGCUCCGCGGCAAUUUCGACCACAACCAGCUCAUGCAGGCCGUCCAUGUUGCCGCCUUGUGCGUCCAGACCGAGCCCGACAAGCGCCCCACCAUGAAGGAGGUGGUGCUCCUGCUCAAUACCAGAGCGCCUGCGCCUGCCAGGAUCAAGAGCGUCAAGUAUUCCGAGGAUUUGAUGGCUCUUGAUGACGAAGAUGAGAGCAGCGUCUACGGUGUUUUCGGGGCGUUGGAGGCGCACAAGAUGGAGGAUCCUUUCCGCCGUUAUGCGUAUGGGGACAGGCGAUGACCCAUUUCACUUCUCAUGUCUCAUUACGUAUGUUCAAACAGAUUGCUUUUGUGUUUUGCUUUCAUUGUUUUUGCUAUGCGUACCCAAAUUUAACCUAAAAUUU